CUCAUUUGAGAAGCGCCUUGAUGUCACCACAUAAAAUAAUAUUUAUACAUUUGUUAUGCAUUAUUUUUGUAUUAUCACAAAUGUUCCCGCGUUAAAAUAUGCCGCACGUUUUGCUGUUGCAUUUCGAUUGAGCCUUCCUUAUUUGAACUUCUUUGUUUUCAAAUUAUAUUUAAAUUGGUAUUAAUAUUUAAAAAAAGCAAAAUGUAUUGUGAGUGGCCAGAAUUUCGGAGGUGCUGUUUUUGUUUACCGUUGAGAAGAGGAAUUUUAAUACUUGCUUAUGUAAACAUUAUAUGCAGUAUCCUAGAAUCUGUGAUGUACUUUACAGAUUCAGCCGUGCUGACUGUACAUAGAUCUUAUAUGGAGUUGCCGUACGAACUCAACAUAGCCUUGGUGUUACUAGAUAUUGUGGCUACUCUUGUCUUCCUCUUCGGUUUGCAUACGAAACGAGAACUGUACGUCCGUGUGUACUACAACUUCAUGAUCUUCUCGCUGUCGGCGUCGGUGCCGCUGACCGUCAUCGAGCUGUCGCUGAUGUCUCACCCCCACACCAUCUACUUCACCAUCUUCUACUUCAUAUUCACUACAAUCAUAAACAUCUACCUUCUUCUGAUGGUACGAAGUAUGGUCCGUAAACUUCAGAUAUUCGAGGGCAACACGUUUGACAACCAGUUGGCCGACAUCGUACAAGGAAGCACACAAGUUGAUCAACACCAUACAACUGUGAAUAUAACUGAUGACGCUUCUUCUAAAUCGCUUGUUAAUAAUGAUACGACAAUAGCGCCAUCUGUGAUAAGUUAGAUAUAUCUUGCUUAAUUUGUUUCUACAUUUUCUUAGUGACUGUACCUCUAUAUUCGUAUAAAUUAUUUAAGACUAAAAAAAUAGGUAAGUAUUUCUUUUUGUAAUGAAUUUGUAUUAUAAGCUAGUGAAUAAAUAUAAAACAAAAUUGAAUUAUUAUUAGAAUUAUAAUUAACCUAAAAGUAACUCAGUUGUCCAAUAUGACACUUCUAAACAGACGGUACCUACAGCAAAUGUUUUAUUAAAUACCAAAUCAACAUUAUUAUUAAGAUAUAAUCAUGCUUUGAUAAAGUUAUUAACACAACGAUUAGAACUUCCUUUUUUUAAGUAGGUACGUUAAAAUGUUUCAUCCAAAUGUAUACACAUGUAAUAUUUAUACAGAUCAGCGUAUACAGCACAUAUAGACGUGCACAUUUAUUUCAAUUUCUUAUCCUUGUUGUUGCUAUUGUUAAUCCACACGUUUUUUAUUGUACUGGAAAAAAAUAUUCCUUCUGUUUUGAUGAUAUUCAUUUACAGUAAAUUCCAAUAAUAACUAGGUAACAGAUUACUAGCUAUAAAAAUCAUUCUAGGAAUAUGUUAAUAUGAAAUCCCAAUGUUUGUAAACAAGAGAUUUUACCCUGAAACGUUCUUAUCACUAAACAUGUUGUUAAAAUGGACGUUAUCUCCAUGUAAAUAAGGUUAAAAAUUAUCUGUUAUUGUUGUUAAAUUGCAUUGAUAAAGACUAAGAAGGUUGGUUCGCAAGUUCGUAUUUAAAAUUUUGAACUUUAUACCUUUGGCUCUUGAUGCGCAAAGCACACAUCUGUAUGAGAAUGGUAUGUAUAUUUCAAUUAUUAUAUGCUUUUCGCAAAUAAAAGAAAACGGGAUUACGUCGGGAAGAAGAAAAAUUUUGGUGAUCAUAAUCAAAAUAAAAAUAUAUUCUAGCUCCAAAACUUUAAUCGUGAACAUUAGAUAUACUCGUAUGCUUUUAUAAUGUAUUGUACUGAAAAUUUUUAUAUUUGACAGAAUUACAACUUCACUUAUACUUUGUAAGAUUGAUACAAUAUGCUUUUUAACAGCAGUCUUCAACUUUAAAAAAGACAGCUUAUAUUUCAG